CGCCAGAUCGUAAUGGCGACGUUUAGCGCGUUGUCGGGUCCGCCGUGAGUGAAUAAUGUUUCGCAAAACAGUAUUUCGUUCAUGCACGGGACAACGACCAAGCGAGUGAGCACGUAACGUUUUGACGGGUAGUUUUAACAGGACAUCGGUAAUCGAGCGCCCGCCAUCAUGGAUCAGGCUCCCGCAGACACAGAAUUACGGAACAUCAUAGACAAACUGGCGCAGUUUGUCGCUCGCAAUGGACCAGAGUUUGAGCAGAUGACAAAAAACAAGCAGAAGGACAACCCGAAGUUUAGUUUCCUGUUUGGGGGGGAGCACUUCAACUACUAUCAAUACAAAGUGACUACAGAACAAGCCAUUUUAAAGCAAAAAGGAAUAAAUCCAAUGCAAAAUGCAGACCCACGUUUAAACGUUUCGCAGCAGCAGCAAACAGCCGCAAACGCCGUCUCGCAGCCACUGAAUAACGUCAAUCUUACGUCCGGUCUGAGUACACAAAACAAUGGCAUAAACCCAGUGGUCGGGAUCGGAAGUCAGGGCGGUCCCGUUUUGCCUGGACAAAUCGGAGGGCCGGGAAAUGCAGGGCCGCCAAUCGGACCGGUUUCUGGCGCCAUGGGAGGUGUGAAUCCGCCGAUCGCCGGAGUCGCGCAAACGGUUAACAUCGCGGGUCCACCCGCGUGGCUGCAGAAUGAACUGGCGAAUCUACAGUCGCAGCAGACGACGUUGCAGGAACAAGUUAGACAAUCAGAACAGAACCUGGCUGCGCAGCACGCUGCAUUGAUGGCGCAACAGCAGGGAAGAGUAGAGGAUGCAGUGAGGCAGGCGCAGGAACAGGCUUUGCAAAACAGUGCGCAAAAUACGAACACAGAUUUGGCUGCGUUUGACACGGUGUUACAACCGAUCAUCGAUAGCUGCACAAAGGAUAGCAUAAGCGCUGGAAAGGCCUGGAUACUUCAGAAUUCACUUACUCCACAAAGCAAUCAAGUUGUCGCGGAUCAUUUGCUAAAAAAAGUUAUUCAGGGGACAACCUUUAGUCAUAAACUACAUAUUAUUUAUCUGGUGAAUGACGUCUUACAUCAUUGUGCAAGAAAAAAGUCUAUGGAUCUGCGAAAAGCGAUGGAAAGUGUUGUUGUUCCCAUGUUCUGUAACACCUCACUAGCAGCAUCCGAGGAACAACUUAAUAAGUUGAAUAAACUGUUGAGUUUGUGGGAGUCAAAGAACAAUUACUUCGAUGAAGGGAUUAUAGAUAAGUUGAAAAAACCGAGCGCAUCUUGGUCAGAAUACCAGGCUAAUUUGGUAGCGCAACAUGCCACAGCGAUUACUCCAAUUACAGCAUCAACGAAACAGACAUUCGAUGGUUAUCAGGCGCAACAUCAAGCGUUUGUCACUCAUGCACUGAGACAGAUUCAGAAUAUCGAGCAACAAAAGAUGGCAAUAGAUCAGCAAUUAAAAGCACCACCGCCGCCGCCACCACCUCAAAUGAAUCAGCAGAAUAUAUCGAUACCGCCUAGUCAUUCUGGUCCUCCCGGUACAAUGGGCACAGAUGUGAACUUCAGUCAACCACCACCAGGAUGGGGUGUCCCACCAUCGAACGAACCGCCGCCAUUUAGUAAUGUGCCCUUGCCAGACUUUUCGAAGCCACCGCCAGGAUUUGGACCGCCGCCUGUUAUUCAUGAGCCCUCCGUAGAGGAUUUGAUGCCUAGUAUGCCUUACUUCGAGCUUCCAGCUGGUUUGAUGGUACCUCUGAUAAAACUAGAAGAUGGUGAAUAUAAACCAUUGGAUCCGGAUGCAAUAAGACUUCCACCACCAGCUCCACCGAAUGAUCGUCUAGUUGCAGCUGUGGAAGCAUUUUAUGCGCCGCCAAAUCAUGAUUCUCCUAGAGAUAGUGAUGGAUGGGAAAAAUUAGGUUUAUACGAGUACUAUAAGGCGAAAAAUGCUUCUCGCAAGCGUAAGGAAGAGGAUAUUGUCGCUGGGAUUAGACAAAAAUCGAAAUCUCCUUCGCCGAUUCUACGGCCGAGAUCCAAGAGUCCUAGUCCGCCAAAGAAACGCUACAGGAGUAAGUCGCGCAGUAGAUCACGCUCGCGAUCACGUGGCAGAAGUAGAUCGAGAUCUCCUGCGGCCAAUCAUCGACGCAAUAGUCGUAACAGCAAUCACAUCAGUAGAAGCCGAAGAAGGAGGAACAGUAAUAAAGAUCGUAGUCCCGAUAGAAGAGUGGAUAGACAAGAUCGAAGUCCAACUCCUCCUAGUUUUCUUGGUUCCACCUAUAGUAAAGCUCCGCAAGAGAUCAGUAUUGACGAAAGCAAUAAAGGACAUCAAUUGCUGAAGAAGAUGGGUUGGGGCGGUGCGGGUCUUGGUGCUAAUGAGCAAGGUAUCGAGGCACCUAUUUCCGGGGGCGAGAUUCGUGAUAAGAACGACCAAUAUAAAGGAGUUGGUAUCAAUUUGAAUGAUCCGUACGAAACUUUCCGGAAGAACAAAGGCCAGGCAUUCAUUACCAGAAUGAAAGCCAGGGCAGAGGAACGAGCCGAGGAAAGAGGAGACCGUGAUUAAGCACGAUUCGAAUGCAAGGUUCGCGGUGCUCUGGGAAUGGGACGAAUAUCUUGGCAUGCGACUUGAAGAUAAAUCUCAUAAUGAAAGUUCAUUCGCAGUUCCAGGAGCAUUUAUGCGAUCGUUUACAAGAAUUAAUUUCGAAAAUCGAUACAAGGUUGAUUUUCUCUAUUCUAUGAUUUCCCUCUCCAUCCCCAUUUUUAUUCCAAAAAAGUCAAGCGCUCUGUUUUAUUUUGUUCAUUCGCUUUCUCACUCGAAUGGUUAUGCAAUUUGAAUAGUGAGAGAAUAAUAAAGAAUGAAAAAGCUUAAUUUAGAGGAAAACAGAGAAGAGAGGAAAUUGAUCAUACUUUUUUGUCUUUCGUUAAUCCUAAACUCGUUGCGCAUGUCGAUUUUUGAAUGGUCAUAGAUGGACGCUGAUUGUUUUACGCUGAAACCACAUCGAUUAUUUUUAUCGAUAGUUUUGUAACCUGAAUGUUACUGAAGCGAUAAUUAUGAAUUUUACGUGACGCAAAAUUGUAUAUUUUUGACAUAGAAUUACAGACAUUAUUUAUUUCAUAUUUAAUGUAAUCUAUAUAGAUACAAUGAAAUAAAUAUUAAGUCUGGUACAAGUAUGAAAUUUUGAUAAAAAAAAAUCGAGACAGUCUCUAUAUAGUUAUGCAUGAUCUCGUAUAUCGAAGAAGAUUAAAAGGAUUCAAGCGCGCAACGUCAACGUCCGUCGACAGAAAAAAAUCUUGGAUCCUGUUUAACUUUUAAUCAUAUUUCACGCAUAACGAUUCAAUUUCGUUCCAUUUUUACAUAUUAUUGCAGAAUACUAUGCAAUUACAAAAGUGUAAGUUGUUUCGUGCCGUCAUCGCAUGAACGUGAGAAAUAUGUGAGAGCUAAAAAUACUUGUAUUUAAUAAGUUAACAAAUGAUUAUAUUGGAUACACGACGAUAGCUCAAAAAUAAAAGCUGUACAUUUAUUACGAAA